CUCUCCAAUAUGCUUUAAUAAACAAACAACAUUCGGGUUAUUUUUUGUUUUUAAUACACUUUAUGCUAAAUAAAAAGUGAUGGGAACGUUUGAUGUAGCAACGCCUCUCCGUUUCCACACGGACAGUUUUCGCUGCUGCACGCAGAGCUGCAGAGUUUCUGCUGUUCGCAGCUUCAGCCAAACCGCGGAAAUGUUCUACUGGAAGCGCAGCAGCGGCGGCGGCUCGGAGCCGCUCGACAGCCUCGGGAACAUGUCGAAGAGCGACAUCCUGAGAGGAAUCAUCUCCGAGAAGCUGAGCACGGCGGCCCGCGACAUCCUGGCGGUGGUGGAGAGGACGGUGGCCGACUACGAGGAGGAGGCGUCGGGCUUCAGGCGGAGGAUCGCGCGGCAGGAGCGGCAGCUGGAGCUGCUGCAGCCAGAGGUCAAACUGCGCAGGCGCGGUGCUGCUCCAGAACAGGAUCUGUGCGGUUCUGAGGGGGUUCUGGUGGGGGAGGAGCCAGAGGAGGCGGUGCUGACCCGGCAGACAGAUGUGGACGACACGGCGAGUCUGGACAUCUGGUACAUUGAAGAUGACGCCAACGAAGACGAUGAAGAGGAGCGGGUUCUGGUUCAACCUACAGCCAGCGCCAGGAUGAAGCGGGAGGACCUGAAGGACCCGGAUUAUGAAGUACCAUCCAGGUCGAUUCCUCCCAGACUGGGGACUCCUAAACGGAGACCCGGCAGACCUCGGACCAGCGACCAGCAGGACCAUCUGGACCUGAGGGUCCGGCUGCUGGAGGACUGUGGAACCGAGGUUCUGUCCAACAGGGUUUUCAGGAAAUACCCGGUCAAGGACCUGAGGUGUCCUCGAGGUCUUCAGGAGGCCCCCUUUCUGGACCUGCUCCGGUCCCGGUUCCCCCAGCUGGCCUCCGGGGCCCCGUUUGACCUCUUUGUGACGGACAACAGCCGGAGGCUGCGGGCGCUGCAGGUGCCGGCUCUGACUCCAGAACAGAUCCACAGAACCAUCCGGUCCGGCGGGAACUCUGCGCUCUACAUCCGGCUGAGGACUCCGGCGGCUGCUCAGAGCGGCGGUUCUCCCCCACAGAACCAGGAGCCAGAGUCCCAUCCCACAUCAAGGUUCCUGUCGGUUCCGUCUGGGAAGAGGAGGCGGGGCAGGCCACGCAUUGGCGAGGAGCCCACCCACCACGUCCUGAGGAUCUGCGUGCUGGAGGACCCGCAGCCCGACGAGUCUCCAGAUUCUGUGCUGCACAGGUCGCCCAUCCAGGAGCUGAAGUGUCCUCGCGGACUCCAGGAGGCGGAGUUUCUGGACCUCCUGCGUUCCUCCUUCCCCCGGCUGAGGCAGGACGACAGGAAGCUCGGCGUCUUCAAGUCCGACCGCAGCAAGAGGCUGCAGAGGCUCCGCGUCGGCGCCCUGACGCCUGAGGAGAUCUACCGGAGCAUGAAGUCCACCGGCAUCAAGAAGACCCUCCUCUACAUCAAGAUGAAGACGAGUGAUGAAGAGGAGAGUGAAGAGGAGACCAAAGAUGAGCCUCUCGGCAGCGACAGCCUGCAGAAUCCGACCGUCACCGACGGCCAUUCAAGCGCCCCCUCAGGUGGAGCUGGGACCAGCGCUGAAUCCCCAAGUACCAGCUCCGCGCCUCACACAGACGGAGACUUCGGUGGUGCCAUGGACCAGGACCUGGACUGGAAACCCGGACCUGAACUCGUCAGGCGUCCUCCGCUGUCUGGCUCAAAGAAGGCGGACCGCAGUAGAACCCCCUGCAAGGUGUGCGGGGUCUGGUACCGCAUACUGGGCAGCUUGAUCAAACACGCCUGGAGCCACGCGGACGAGCAGCCGGGCGUUUGCGGCGUUUGUGGGGAAAACCGGGAAACUCCGGAGGAGCUGAAAGAUCACCUGAAGACGCACCAGACGACCCACGACUGCUCGCACUGCGGGAAGUCCUUCCUGACCCUCGCCGGCCUCAACAACCACACCUCCCUGCACACCGGCAACCGGCCCUUCAGGUGCAGCGACUGCAGCAAAUCCUUUGUAAACCUGUCCUCCCUGAGCAUUCACCGCUGGAUCCACGUGGUGGACAAGCCCUACAAGUGCGACGUCUGCCCCAAGUCGUUCGGCCUGAAGGCGCAGCUCACGGCGCACAAGAAGGCGCACGCCGGCAAGGACCAGUACCACUGCAACAUCUGCAACAAGCAGGUCUACGACCGCAGGUCGCUGACCCGACACAAGAUGACGCACUCCGGCGAGCGCCGUUUCAGCUGCCAGGUCUGCGGGAAGCGCUUCAAACUCCCCGGGACCCUAAAGGCCCACGAGAAGACCCACACGGUCCGGGACCGGCCGUUCCUCUGCCACAUGUGCUGCAAGACCUUCCUGUCCAGCUGCAGCCUGGUGGCCCACAUGAAGACGCACAGCGGCGAGAGGCCGUUCGUCUGCGCCGUGUGCAGCAGGGGCUUCCUGACCAACGAGGCGCUCAAGAAGCACCUGAGAGUCCACACCGGCGAGGCGCCGUACGACUGCAAGCACUGCGGCCGCUUCUUCAAGCUCAAGAGCACCCUGAACAGCCACAUCCGGAGCCACCUGGGGAUCAAGCGCUUCACGUGCGGCGUGUGCGGGAAGGCGUGCUCGCGGCAGGAGCACCUGACGGUCCACAUGAGGACCCACAACGGGGAGAGGCCCUACAAGUGCUCGCAGUGCGACAAGGCCUUCACGCAGAGCCACUGCCUGAAGAGCCACAUGAGGAGCCACCACGGCGGGGAGGACGCCCAAUGAAGGGUUCGAACACCCGCAGUCCAGGACUGUCCUGCACCGCCUCCGGGUCUGAACCCCUGAACCACAUCUGAACCCAAAGGCUGGACUCUGGAGCUGAUGUUGGGUCACCUGCUCCAGCUUUCCCACGCCCCCUAUGUCCUCAGACAUUGUCCUGCAGGGAGCCCCCGAUCAUGAAACUACUACCAGCUGAACCGAAACGCCCCCAGAAUCAUGGGGUGGAGCUUAGAACCAGAAAAAGAUCUGUUUUAAGGAGGAAGCUGGUUUGUGUUAAAGGUGAUGCUCCAGAAUUCAGAUUCAUGGUUGAUCUUUGGACCAGCCGCCUGUUUCCUCUUACAGCAAACCUGCUGCUGUGGUUCAGCGAAUGACCUUCCAGCUAGAAUUCAAACAUUCUAGCCCAGAAACCGCCACAGUUCCAGACUAUUCAGCCACCUGGAGACUCAUGGGAAACUGGAAAACCGUUGAUUCUGAUCGGGGAGAGGUUAUGGGAAACACUUUCAGAAAAAAUUCAUGUUUGGGUUUUAAAAAAAACAUCAAAGGAUGACGCAAACGGUUUGGUUCAAACACAGGAAGGUCUCCUGAACAGAAGAGACUUUUAUUUUGUAAAGCCAAUGAUGCACAUGCUCUGUUUUAACUCUGCUUUUAUUCUGAAACUGUCAUGUUUUUUGUCUAUUUUAUAACUUUCACUUUUUAUUUUAUAUUUUAAUAUUAGUGUAUUGUGAUUCAGCAAAGACUGAUGGGAAAAAAACUAAAUGUGAUUAAAAAAACACUUUUUAGUUCAACAGUUUUAUUCUCAGUUUUCGUCUUUUUCAUGGAAAACUAAAGAAUUUGAAAAAACAA